CCCACUCUGAGGCCGGUUGUACCGCACGCGCGCCGGCUCCGCAUUCGCGUAAACAUUUACGAACAUAACAAUAACUUUUAGGGAAACAUUUCAACAAUAUUUCAGUUAGACUACACACGUUUUUCAUCGCGCGUUAUCGCGAGUUAACCGCAAAAAGAAGUUUGAUUAAUAAUUGAAAAAUUGGACAUUACAGUUCGCGCCGUCAUUUGUUUUGAUUAGGAAACAUCGCGUUUCGCCGGUCAUCUAUCACAGAAAUCUGGAAGCUGUAUUCUACUUUCUCUCUGGUGUAACCUGGUGGGCGCGCGGCCGCUGGCGGCGUCGCGUCGGCGCGCGCGACUGCAAGCGGUCGCCUCCGCCCGACCAUGCGCGAGCGCGCCGUGUGCGCAGUCCGACCCCGCCGCGCCGGCCGACCGCGCGCAUCAUGCUCAACAUGAAGCUCAAGGAGCGCCUCGCGCUCGCCAUCAGCGCCUUCCUCGUCCUCUUCACCCUCAUGCUGAUCGUCGACAUUCAGAUGGACUAUGGCAUCUCCGGGCAGAGGGUACCGCUGCAUGGCCGCGUCAAGAUCGGCGAUGACACCGACAAGGGGAAGUCGGCCUAUAUUGAAUUUCGGAAACGGUUUUUGCAAAAAAGUAAUGGCAGCAAUAGUUCCCGAGAGUACGAGCCGAGCGAGACGAGCGGCAGCGGCGCCGACGCCGAGCCGCGGACGCCGGUGCCGCCCGCCGACAAAUACGAGGAUCUCCAGCGCAUCGUCGACUCGCAGCGCCUAGGAGCCCACAACCAUGCGGUCGUCAUACCGCCGCAGAAGGACCUCAAUGUGCUGCGGCCCGAGAACCCGACCAUAGGGGAGAUGGAAGACUUGGAACCUAGCGUGAACGCGUCCAACUUGGAAAAAUUCCAGCUGCGGAUAGCGCAGCACGAGCUCUACGAAGAAGGCGAGCCGCUCGUCGAUGCCGUUGUUAAGGAUAUGGUCACGCUGCCUGUGCUACAUGCCGAGCAAAAAGAAGGAGGGACCCAGUUGAAGCUCAUUAUUGACUAUCCCUACGGUAUUCAAGCGCUCUUCAAACCAAUGAGAUUCGCGAGAGAUGUGCAGACGUUGCCCAAUCAUUUUUAUUUUUCCGACUACGAAAGACACAACGCUGAAAUCGCCGCAUUCCAUCUAGACCGGAUACUGGGAUUUCGACGUGCGAUGCCAGUAGUCGGGCGCGUCCUAAACAUGACUACAGAGAUCUACGAUGUCACCGAGGGUGACAUUUUGAAGACAUUCUUCGUCUCGCCGGCGAACAACUUCUGUUUCCACGGAAAGUGCUCGUACUAUUGCGACACUGGGCACGCCAUUUGUGGGAAUCCCGACAUGUUGGAGGGAAGCUUCGCUGCGUUCCUUCCCUCAUCCGACUUAGCUGAACGAAAGGUGUGGCGGCAUCCUUGGAGACGUUCGUAUCACAAAAGAAGAAAAGCCCAGUGGGAGUUGCAGUCAGACUACUGUGAAACGGUAAAAACUACGGCGCCAUACGACUCGGGGCGGCGGAUGCUGGACUUGAUGGACAUGGCAAUUUUCGACUUCCUCACCGGCAACAUGGAUCGACAUCACUAUGAAACUUUCAAAAUGUUCGGGAAUGAAACGUUCCCGCUGCACUUGGACCAAGGCCGCGCUUUCGGCAAGGCGUUUCACGACGAACUGAGCAUCCUGGCGCCGCUGCUGCAGUGCUGCCUAGUGCGUCAGACCACGCUCGCCACGCUACUCAAGUUCCACAACGGCAAACCACUUUCAGCGUCCCUUCGCGACGCCAUGAAGGUGGACCCCGUCACGCCCGUCCUCUGGGAGCCCCACCUGGCGGCCCUGGACCGGCGGACCGCCAUCAUCCUCGACGCCAUCCGCAAGUGCGUCCAAAAAGCAGAGGCCCCCGUCGACAACAACGAUGUCAACGACUUCGUAUGACCGCUAAAAACACCUGUGAUGGAACUAAAAGUGUGAUAAAGCUAUGGUCUAAGAAUGGUAAACAGUCUACCCCGGACUUAGACUUAAGAUUUUAGUGCCAAAGAGUAUCCAAAUGACAUUGGGUGAACGUUUGAAGUCAUUCCACUGACUCUGUAAGAAGCCAUUGUACAAGCCAAAAAUGCCGAUUUUUACGCAAUGACCAAUAGGUUUUACAAUUGGAAUCAGUAUUGAUUUGUAGGAAGUUAAUAUCCUGUGUAUAUUUUAAUGGAACUAAAUUAUUGUUAAUGUGUGGAACUAUGGAACUUGCUAACUAUGUAAAAAAAAGUCACUAGUAAAUUCAUGAUUCAGAGACAAUUUCAAUAUGGCGGUUUGUUUACAUAAUUAGCAAGUUCCAUAGAAUGACACUUUAGGUUGAUUGCUGAUGGCUUGAUUGUGUUAGUUCAGGGGUCCCAGAAAUGUAAAGAUGGAAAUGAUUGACCCUUGAGUGCCACAAUUUUAUGGAUGUGAUAGUAGGUAGGUCAUGGCUCGCUAUUGAUAAAGAUUCUCAGGUAAAAUUCUAUGGAGAUUCUUGGGCCACACUAAUUUAAUGGGGUGAUUAUGUUAAUAUAAUGCGCUGUACAUAUUAAUAGUGAAAUGCAAUAGUAGUAGUAGUAGUUUAAGUUUAGUUUUCGUUAUAGGUGUUUUGCUAUAUUUAGCUGUCGUUAUCUUUUAAAGCUAUAAGCUCAAGAAGACAGACAUAUCAUGGUGGCGGAGUUAGCUUCGUUUGAUAACGUUGAGGGUUUUGUUGAAACGUUUUGAUAAGAUUGACUUUAGUGUUUAGGAGGCUAAAUGCUAAUUUGAAAAAUGUUUCCUAUUUAUCGAUUUAUUUUUUAUUAUUUCUACGCAUUUUAUGAUUUGUUCCUUUUUGUUAUUUAGUUCUGCUUCUUUAUUAAUUUAUUAAUUAAGUAUCUACUUUAAUCGAAAUCAUGCAAUUAGAAAAGCUGAAAUAAUAUUCAGUUGGGUAGAUCUCGAAGCGGCAUAGAGGAGCAUUCCAUUUAUUUCAAUAACAAUGACCUACUGAUAAUGAUUAUUUAAGGCAACUAAAAUAGGUAACGAUACCAACCUUUGUACAGAGCUAUUGCCUAUUUAAGAACACCAUUGAACCGUAAGCCCAGUUUUGUCUGAUAACUGCUACACUUGUAUAUUAUGUUUUACGAAACGACAAAAAAUAAUAAAUUUGGCUCCUGUUCGCCGCAUUGUACAGUCACGGACUUUAAUUGUUGAGCCAUUUAGGGAUUACUUUACAUUGGACAUUUCAUACCGUUAGUGUGGACAACCAAAUUAGCUUGACCCCUAAAUGGCUCAACAAUCAAAAUCCGUGACUGUACCUACUAAUGUGUAAGUGUAAGUAUAGUUUAGAGUCAACCAAUGCAAAGUGUUGUUCUGUAUUCUAUGUUCGUUGUGAUUUUAAGAACGGCAGCUUUUAUUUUAAGAACUUCAGAUACCAUUCCUAGAGAUUUAAGGACAUUAAAAGACAAAACAAUGACUUCAUUUAAUGUGCAAAACGUAAUUUGAAGAGUUGUAUCCAUGAAUUUUGACAAGAUGUUUCCGUCUCGGAAAUUUGGUAACACGACAUACUACCUUUACAGUCGCCUGCAAUAAUAUGUUAGUGUCGAAGGCCGAAAAAAUAUGAUACACGCUGUUAUGACUCUACAAAUAAGAUCGUGUCAGAUAUUUUUGCGGCCUUCGUUGUGUAACAUAUUAUUUCAGGUGACUGUACCUAUACCCCAUUUUUUUUUCAGAUUAGAAAUUAUAACCUCAAAGUAGUGGUAAUUUUUUUCUUCCAAAUUUAAAUCUGAGUAACUACGGACUGAUUAUAGUGUCGUUUACAUAUUAUUGUACCUACCGCAAUAUAAGAUAUCAUAGGAACCGUAGCAUUACGGAAGAAAAACUUAAUUACCACUACUUUUUGAGGUUAGAAAAAUUAUAAUUACUUAUAAAAAACGGGGUAUACAUAUACAUAAGUAUUUCACUUGUUGUUUCGGUUUCGUUUUGGAUUAAAGAUUUGAUUGACAAAAAGGAAGAAAAGUCUUAAUAAAAUAUAUUUAAUAUGAUUAAUUAAAUCGUGGUAUCGUAAUGCUAGCUUAUUUCGUAAAUGUGAAAAGCGAGCAGUCGUUAAAGAUGUAUUUGUAUUUAUUAAAUUAAUACGUGCUGCUGUGUUAGUAUAAGUGCUACGUAUUGUUGUAAAGAGAUGUAUGUCAUAUAUAAGAGAAGUCGACUUGCCAAAGAUGUACCUACAAUGUUUUAAGAUGUAAAAUGUAAGUAGGUAUGGAAACAUGAAUACUGUUUUCGAAGCGUGUUUCUGUUGAUCGUUUAUAAAUUAAAAAUGAAAUGAUUCGACAA